AUGUUUACAAUUUUGGUCAUUUCCGACAAUCACGGCGACAAAGACGUGAUGGAAAAAGUUUUAGAGCGCGAAAAUUACGAUUACAGCGUCCACCUAGGCGAUUCACAAAUGAGCCAAGCCGAGAUUGAAAGCAUGUUCAAUUUUUACGUGGGUGGCAACAACGAUCAAGGUUUUAGCGUUGAAGAGGAAGUGCUUGAAUUUGACCAUCUAAGGGUGGCGAUUUGCCACGGUCACACCGUCUUUGAUCGUUCGGGAGGUAUGCAACUUGCCCUCGCUCAAUUUGCCCAAAAAUACCGCGCUCAAGUGGUGCUUUUUGGUCACACGCACAUUCCAACUUGGGAAAAUUACCAGGGCUUAACUUUUAUUAACCCCGGUUCGAUUACUUUUCCCCGUUCGUUUGAAGGUAAGACCUACUGCCUAGUAGAGAUCGAUGAUUACAAAGUGGCGAACGUGAUUUUUAAAAACCCUUAA